CUGCAUCGCGUUUAUAGUUAAACAACAAUAUAUCGGUCUGUGUGUGUGUGUGUGUAUAGGGUAAUUGCGCUUCUACGUGAUGUUUGUUGCUCGUUGCGGUCUCAGUAGAAGUUAAGUGGCUCUUGCGUUAGAAUUCUUUAGGUUUUUAAGUGGCUGAACAGUUGAGGCGAUGUACGUGAACCAGUCCUCGGUCCACCACCCGGACCUCUCCAACGCCCACCACGGCCUCCACGAGGGCGAGACCACCCGGACGUUUCGUCUCGCCACCUUCAUCAUCAGCAUCCCCCUCUGCCUGCUCGCCAUCCUGAUCGAUCUCCUGCUGAUCUUCGUCAUCUUAAAGUACAAAGCUUUCAAGUCGCGUGGCAACUACUACAUCCUACACUUUGCCAUUUGUAACGUCGUCUUCCUGGCCGCAGAACACGUCCUACACUUGUCCAUGGACCUGUUUUUUGGGGGGAGCAUCGAGGUGCAGUACUACUGCACCUUUAUCCAGAUGGAGAACUACUUCCUGGAUAUGUGCGUGAUUUUUUUGGCCGGUUAUGCUCUCGAUGAGUAUAUUGUGAUGAUCUCUAGCGACUACUUCUUGUAUAUGUAUAAGAACGGUUUCAGGUAUGUCCUGGGGGCAGUGUACCCGGUGCACUUUAUUCUGUCAUUCAUAGUGACCAGUGUCUGCUUCAGUAACAUUUACGACAUAAGGUUCCACGUCAGUUUCAUUUUUGUCACGGUGGUCUACGUGGUCUGCAUGGCUGUACUGAUCAAGAUCCGGUACGACUGUAGAAAGUCCUUCUUUAAUAAGAACCAGAACCUGGUGCAGUCCCUGCACGUGACCCUCUUCGCCAUGCUGUUUCUGUUGCCGGUGAUCUUCUACUAUAACGUGCUGAAUUUAGCUGAGAAGAUCGUGGUCGCUGACUCAGACAUGGAGGUGCUGAGGGUCAUCGCUGUGGUGCCUGAGUACUUGGCCUACGCCACCUCGAUGGCUCUCAUUUACAAACUGUACAAGCAUAAGAAAUUUUAUAAGUUGGCCGUUUGUAAGGUGUUCUGUAAGGCCAAGAGUAACGAGUUGGAUUUUACCAGGUUGGAUGUGCUGCCCCCUACGGAUAUUGAGAAUAAGUAAUGUUAGGUUAUAGGUCUACGUUAGGCUGUAUAUACUAGUUUUGUUUUGUUUUUUUGAAGUGUAACUCGUCAAGGAGUGGUUUUUUCAGGAAAGUUGUAGAGUGCUUUUUUGAAGAAAAUUUAAUUGUCUUUUAUUUUUGUUAUUAUAAUUUUUUUCGUUAGUUCA